AUGAUAUUGCCUUCCAUUUCCCGCAUUUAUAUCUUGCUCGUUAUAAGUCUCAUGUCGAGCCGCCGAACUCGGUGUCAUGCGACGGCUUUACAGGGCCGUUCUCUGUGUGCCACUGGUGGUCCAGAUGCAGCAUUGAGGGCUGAACAUGAAAGACUGGGAGCGUUCGAAUCCCAUCCGGACAGCGUAUCUUACGACAUGCGAAGAGCAUUGGAGCCCAUUGAGAUAGAGACGUGGUUUCACAUUGUGAGUGGCGAAACUGAUGCAGAUUUAGUAACAGACGAGAUGGUCAUACUUCAGUUACAUUAUUUGCAAAAAGCCUAUGAAAACGCUGCAAUCUCUUAUCGGUUAAAGGGCGUCACGCGUCAUGUUAAUAAAACUUGGGCGCGCAAUGGAGAUGACUCGGCAAUGAAGAAAGCACUUCGCAAGGGCGGUUACAGCACGUUAAAUGUCUACUUUCAGACCAAUCUACAGCCGCCCUCCGCAGACUUUGCGAGAUGGACCUCUGAAGGUGACAAUCGUCACGCAUAUAAUCCAGACCUUGCCCCCCCUAGCGUCCUUGGUUUCUGCACUCUUCCGGAUCCAAGCAUUAAUGCCAGCAGCCCUCGAGUCAGCUAUUCCAAAGAUGGCUGCAAUGUGCUGGCUAAGACUAUGCCUGGUGGCCCCAUGACUCAUUACAAUCGGGGUGGUACUGCAAUACACGAAAUUGGCCACUGGAAUGGUCUCUUACAUACUUUUGAAGGCGAGUCGUGUUCGAACGAAAACGCUGGUGAUUACAUUGCAGACACACCGCAGCAGUCGAUGCCCACUGACGGGUGCCCUUCUCAGAAGGAUUCAUGCCCGGAUAGCCCUGGCUUUGACGCCAUACAUAAUUUCAUGGACUAUUCAUCCGAUGACUGUUAUGCUUCCUUUACAUCUAAUCAGCUGAAGAGAAUGCGAGACAUGUGGUUCUCCAUGAGAAAAGGAAAAUAG